AUGGUGCCUAAGGAUGGCAAUUUUACCCACGGGUACGGGUACCGCGGCACUGCGUACUCAUAUGGGCAGGCUUUGGGCAAGUCUCCGUUUGAGGUCUUGUAUGGCCAAUCUCCUCGACAACUGGGUAUUACAUCUGAUAGUACUUGCACAGUUCCUGAUCGGGAAGCAUGGUUAGCUGAAAGACAAUUGAUGCAAGAAUUGCUUCGUCAACAUUUGGAGCGUGUUCGUCUUCGAAUGAAGCACCAGACUGAUAAGAACAGAACUGAGAGAAUCUUCUCGGUGGGUGAGGCAGUUUACUUAAAAUUGCAACCAUAUGUUCAGUCAUCCGAAGCGCCCAGGGCACAUCACAAGCUGCUAUUCAAGUAUUAUGGUCCGUAUCUGGUUUUGGAGCGUGUGGGUGAAGUGGCUUAUCGUCUGGACCUGCCGUCGACAAGUCGCAUUCAUCCUGUGAUCCAUGUCUCACAGCUCAAGAAAGCUGUCGGCGCUAAUGUUCAGGUACAAGCUGCACUUCCUUCUCCAUUGGAUAUACUGCAUGUUCCUACUCGUAUUCUUCAGCGACGUCUCCGACAACAAGGUCGAGUGGCUGUCAGUCAAACCUUGGUCCAGUGGUCAGGACAGCCAGAAUCACUGGCCACCUGGGAGGAUAUGGAUGAGCUGAAGCAGCGAUUCCCGCGUUCACCGGCUUGGGGACAAGCCGGAUUUCAAGGGGAGGCAAAUGUUAGCAACGUGUACCUGCCAACAGGGAUCAAUCUGCAGCAGCUAUGCGUGAACGCCGUGAUCGACAGGAGAGCACUCGCUAUCCGUCAAGUACGUGGGCCCGCAAGUGAGCUGGCGGCCUGGGAUUGGAGGACUCUACAAGUAUUGCGUCGACAGGAAGAAUCGGUGGCGAAUAGUUGACGGCUUCGGCCAAGCCUUAGCUCUCUCUCUCUCUCUGCUCUCCCGGCCCUGGCCUGUAAUUGAUUUGCUAUUCCUUCCCCAAAUUCGACUGUAAUAGAGAUACUAGAUACAAUCCUGGAGUAAUCUGAGAGAGAACC